CACCCAUCCUGCUCAGCUCCACGGAAGCAGCCAAAGCAAUGCAUCGCCACGAAGGGAACAAGAUCCUCCAAAGCAACUGAGCACGGCAUGGCUCAUGAUCGAUUGUGCUCUGUUCUUGGUUGCCUUCGGAUUGGUCAACUUGUCAAACAAUUGUGAUGUUGCUGCGAUCACUUUCAUGGCAUUCUUCGCCACCUCCCUGACAUAUCUUGCUGGAGAGAUCGACGAGACCGAAUCUGCCUUGAGGGUCUUUCUCAGACUGCUCAGUAUCUGCUUCAUCGCUGACGUUCUGAAGCUGGACCAGACAGACAUGCAGAGGAUUGCAAAGUGAGGCACAUGCCUCGUCACCGGAGAGCUGCACACGCUUAGUACACGGUGCAUCCUGCCGCCUCACCUGGACCGGAUACUCGUGAUUCCCCCGGAGGUGGAUCUUUGAGCUGCAAAGCGUCACCGGAACCAAUUACCUGGUUUCGUUUCACGAAAAUAAUGCUACCAGGCACUCAAAGACGCUGAGCGUCUGUGUACGCAUCGAAGCUCAUUCAGGUGGGAAGUACAGGGCCUCUUCAGCCUCGGGUUGGUACGACGAUGCAGCGCAAGCUCUUGCGAAGCAAAGACAAGCACUGUUGGCACGCGCUGUGGCACCUUCACGAUGCAAGAUAAAUUCACAGCUCUUCGUCACGUUCGUGGUCCAUCAACAACCUCACUCAACAUCUGCACACGACCAUCGUCUCCCUUCAUCUCCCAAACAUGCAGCUCUCGAUCACUACGCUUUCGGCCAUCCUUGCUGCACUUGCCAGUCAUCCGGCUCUCGUUGCAGCAAAUGGCUGCUACUCUGGAGGCGAAACAUGGGGUCAAGUCGCUGACGCCGGCACAAUCGCCGCUGCCCGCGAGACUUUCUGCAACAACAAUGCUGGCGAUUUUGCUGCGGAUCAGACCAAGUCUUCCUGCGCCAACUUCGAUAGCGGAAACAGCAUCAACUGGUCGGUUCAUAUCAACGGCGUUGGCACGACUCUCUUGAGCAGCGAUUGUGUUGCUGCACUGACAAUCGAGAUCAAUGCUUGCGAGCAUGGAAGUGAACAGGACCAUGGUCGUUUUCAUUACAAGGCUGAUCCAAAUGCGGGAAAGUGCCCGUAAAUCUUCAAGAAUCGAACGUGACAGAUGGUUGAUGGGUAGAUCAGGUGUAUUGGGUAUGCAAGAGCAAGGCUGAGAUUGCAUUUACGCUCGCUACUACGUAUUCUUGUGAUUUCUUUAGCAGCCUGACUUAGGCACAUUGCUGCACUCUCAGAAUUUUG